AUGGAGUCUGUCCUUAAUGAUACCGAAAAGCGCUUCAUUCUCGCCGAGAUGAUCAAGCUCAGCGAUGUCGAUGUCGGGGUUCUCAUUCACUUGGUCAAAUCGCACGAUAUUCAACCAAAGUGGAUGUUUAUGCAGCUCCCUGGAGGGCGCAACAUGAGUCAAUGUCUCCAUGCCGCAGAGGCCAUGUUCAACACGCCGAUGCCGCCGCCCUUGAUAUCACCGCUAAAGCGGCCGUCACUGGGCGAACUUUCCGACUACGGUCCCAACAAAAGACAGGCUCUUGCGUCCCCGGGCGAGGUGUCGCCGCGCGGGUUUCCGCCGGGACCCAACAGCCAGCCUGCUCCAGGGACGCAGCCAGUGAACAUCCAACCACGUCCUAACGGCUUUCCGCCGGGCCUUCCAGCCCCUACUCCGUCUGUGUCGGCGACUCCGUACAACCCAGCCCCGAAAGCCCGCAAACGCGGACGUCCUCCGAAGUCAACACAGAGCACGUGGCAGGUGUCAACUUACCAGAACAUCACGCCCGCUCCGCACCCGUCUUCUCCCGCGUUCGCUCCUCAACCACACAGCCCGCACUUGCCGCCUCCCGCAGCGCAGCAGUCUCCAAUUCAAGGACAGCCCGAUCCAAAGCGAGCCAAGAAAGGGCUGCCCGAGAUUGCGCCUCGGCCACCGCAGGGCCCGCCAACGGCAGAGCCGGCUGCGAUGCUGCCAGGGGUGCCGGGCGCAGCAAUGGAGUAUCAGAAAUGGCGGGAGGAGACCUCCCGCCGCGACUACUACCAACUUCACGCCUCCGAGCCUUCGCCGCGAGAACGCCCCACGCCAUUUGCCCCCAUCUUGCCUCGACCGCGGAGCCCGCUACCGCCCCCGAGAGAGUUGGCACGCGGCGCAUCGACGGAACCGCGACAUUUCGCGGCGACCCCUCCGCCGAGCGCCCCAGAGCCAGUGAGGAACGACAGCCAAACAACGACGACGGGGCCCAUACAAACAUGA